AUGAAGGCAUCCAUCCUCCUCUCCGGAGCCCUCGUCUCCCUCGCGGCGGCCGCCGUCCCAACAGGCCCGGCAAAGACCUACGCGGCAUGCCAGAAGAAGACGCCCAACAACCCCCUCAAGGGUUGCCCAGCAGAUACCCUCUUCGUCAGCCAGACGUCCAAGUUUGCCAACUUCACCACCAUCCAGGCCGCCAUCGCCUCCCUCCCCCACGACACCUCCGCCCACAUCAUUCUCAUCGACUCGGGCAUCUACAUCGAGCAGCUCAACGUCACCCGCCCGGGUCCCCUGACCCUGCUGGGCAAGAGCGACUUACCCAGCGCGGGAAUCUCCUACUCCUCCUCGUCUAACGCGACCGCCGGCAACGCCCAGAAUGAGGUGCAAGUCCACUUCAACGCAACGAACCACCAAGCCCGCUUCCCGGACAACGCCUAUACCAGCGUCCUCUCCGUCGGUCCCACCCUCAACGCCACCCUGGCCGGCUCCGGCCCCACGGGCUUCCCGGUCCCCGCGGACACACCCUUUGGCUGCUCCGACUUCCGCGUCUACAACAUUGACUUCCGCAACGAGGAGUACCCAUAUUCCAACGGCCCCGCCCACGCUGCGGGUGUGAGCAGAGCCAAUGCCGGGUUCUACUCGUGCGGCCUCUACGGGUUACAGGACACCUUGUAUGUCGGCAAGCUGGGCAACGCCUACCUUUACGACACUAUCGUUGGCGGCGAGACGGAUUUCAUGUAUGGCUUCGGCCUCUUGUACGUUGAAAAGUCGACGCUCUCGCUGAGAAACUGCGGCGGCGGCAUCACCGCUUGGAAGGGAACCAACACCACCUUUGAAAACAAGUACGGAGCCUACAUCUCCGACUCCCAGGUCCUCGCUGCAAACGCCACCAUCGCUCCCCUCAUUCGUGGCGCCUGCUCCCUAGGCCGCCCCUGGAACGCCCAGCACCGCUCCGUCUUUAUGGAGUCCUUCUUGGACGCCAGCAUCAAGCCCCAGGGGUACACGAAAUGGCAAGCCACCGACCUGCGUUUCAACAACUACACCUUUAUGGCCGUGUACAACGAUCGCGGACCGGGUUGGACGCCCGAACAGAUGAAGGCUAGCAACAUCACCAUCGUGUUGGACAAGGCGGGCGUCACGCCGUACAGGAACCCCGCAGAUGUCUUCCAGACCCCCGAGGGUAAGCCUGGGUUUGUCAGCUGGAUUGAUAAGAGUGUGCUGAGAGCGUAA